AUGAAAUAGAACAUCACUUCCAAUACAAAUUCGAAUGCGGAUUCUAAUCCUAUUCCAAUGUUUGCUCACAUUAUUUUAGUUUAUUAGGAGAAGAAGAAAAUUUACAAUGUUGAAGUUGAUCUAAAUUUAUAAGUGAAAGACUUAAUUAUGGAGUUUCUUCCAGUACUAUUACCAGGAGAUUAACAAUAAGUUGUUCUCUAACUUAAUAAACAAACUCUUGAACCAAAAAACAAAUUAAAAGAUUAUGACAUUAAAAAGGGUACUGAGUUACAGAUUUUACUCACUACUCUUGGAGGAAAGUAAUCGGAUUUAUGA